AUUAUUUUGUUGAACUGCACUGAAAAUGAGGAGACUAUCAAGACGCAAGUUAUUUUUACAAGGAUCUCAAGAUAAUGCAUCAAGAGAGAGUAAAAUGCCAACCUCUAGAUCCCUAGAUAGAGUUGUGAGUGGGACACCAAAUUGUGAGAUGCCACCUCCUACAUCAGUACAAAGGGAGCAUGUACAGUCCUCUCAAGUAGAUUUGAGAGUUGAUGUACCUGGCACCUUUGGAAAUGAAGCUUCCAACUCUCAAGAUCAUAUCUCUUCAAGCUCGCAUAGUUCUACUGGUCCAAUGCCUAGAUUAGCUUCUAGUAAUACCAAAAAACGAAGACGAGGUCGUACAAUCCUUCGCAACAUAACCACACUACCUGAUGAUCAAAGAAUAGCCUUAGAGUGGAAUGAUAGAUUACAACCUAUUGGAGAGAACAGAGAAAAUUUUGUAAACUAUAUAGGAAUACAAGCAAGGAAUGGGGCACUUGUGCCUAUUCAUUAUAUGGAUUGGCAUGAAGUUCCUCAGAGACAUAAGGAUGAAGCAUGGAAUUUAGUGAAGUUCAUUAAAUUAUUGCAGAAAAAAUUUGUAGUUACAGAACAACAUAAGAAUUGGGUUAUGCGAAAGCUUGGGGAUAGGUGGAGAGCAUAUAGGAAUAAGUUAAAGGUCGAUUACUAUGAUCAAUUUGACACUAAUAAGGAGCGAAUUAGAAAUUGUCCUCCUGAUGUUCAUUUGGAUCAAUGGAAGCAGCUAGUUAAGUAUUUUUCAAGUGAUUUAUUUCAGGCUCGAAGUGGAAGAGGCAAAUCCAACCGGGCAAAGCAUACAAUGGUUCAUGUUUGUGGUUCAAAGUCAUUUGCACAAAUUCGAGAAGAACUAAAAAAUUCACAUCCUGAUAAAAGAGAACCUACUCGAAUAGAGGUUUUCAGAGCCACUCGUCAGAAGAAGAAUGGGGAUAUUCCGAAUGAAGAUGUUUGUCGUGCUAUUAGAAGUUUAGAUGAAAUAGAGAUGAUAGAUGCAGAUAACUCGCAAAGUAGUAAUGGGCAUCAAGAUGCUCUCUCCCAAGUACUUGGUGCAGAGCAUAGUGGAUAUGCACGGAUGUUUGGAUUUGGACCCACUCCAUCAAAAAUUUGGGGUAAAAAAGUUGACAGAUUGAAAAUGGAGAAUGACAAGUUACUGAGACAAUUGGAGGAGGAGAGAGCAGAGAAGGAGCAACUUAAAUCACAACAAGAGCAGCUUAAGGCACAACAGGAGCAAAUGAAGGCACACCAGGAUCAAAUGGAGUCGCUCAUGACUUCAAUGAUGGUUACACUAUCUCAAAAUGGCUUCAUCAACUUGUCAUCUAUUUUACAUGGAUCAGCUCCAAUUACAUCACAGGGUAAUAAUAAUGAGGGUGCUGGUGCUUCUCAUAAGCAAACAUCUCAACAAUAGACAUGAUUGGCUGCAGGUGGUGUUUUCGCAAGCAAGCAUGCUCUGGUGGAAGUCGAGUUGAGAACAACUUUGAUGGCUGUUCAGUUUGUGGUUCAUCAGAAUUGUCAGAGUGGUGAUUGGAUCUGAUUGUUCUCUUGCUACAAAAGCUCUCAAUGGGGAUUGGGGUUCUAUUAAUUGGAACUGUUGGCACCUAGCGAACGAAAUUUUUUGUUUUGUUUAAUGGUUUAUAUGAAGUUAGGUUUAAUUUUUUUAGGAAAAUGGGAAAUCUGUUAGGGGUUCUAUGGUCUGGUUUUCUGUUCCUCCACAGGGACUUGCUGAUGUAUCAUAGUUGGACGACUGUUUUUUGUUUAGUUUUUUAGUUGGUUUAUCUAUCAAAAUAAUAUAAAAAUGAAAAAACAAUUCUGAGGUCAGGCUGGUAA